GGAAAACUGAUAAAACAACUUUGUAUUGUUUGGUUUAUGCGAAAUUGACUAUAGUACCUACUCAAUUGAUCAAAGUUUAUAUGUUUUAGAGCAUAUCAAAAAUUUAGGUUGACAUUUGACACUAAAAAUUAUACAUCGAAAAAAACCAGCAUUCCCCAAAAUCCAUGUUCCAACCGCAAAAGUCCUCUUCCCUAUUCAAUUACAGGAACCUAUUCGAAGAAUACACGCUACACAACAUCGAAAAUCCCAAUUUAAACAAGAAAUGUCACGUGUCGAGGUGGCAGGAAUUCUACAUGAGCAAAAUCCAGCAGCAACGGCCCCACGACCCCGACUGGCUCCAUCACACUCCUAAGCAGGAACGUAUUGUUCCUGCGACGCCGAAAACCUGCCAUCAGUAUUCCCAAAAAGAACAAUGCAACACCUACGCCAAAAGCGUCGAGGUAUUUGCAACCUGCAGCACCGACUACAGCGGGAUUUACCCGUCGAGAAGUUCCUUUCAAACCGUUAAACACUAGUGGAACUUAAUGAAUCUAUUAAUCAUCUAAUUCUAAUUAAAAAAAAUAUACAAUUACGUUUAA